AUGGUUGAAAAGCCAGUGGAAAAUGAGGUGACUGAGCUGUUACAGGAAGUAAAUCCUGUGAUUUUUCCUGACUGUGUGAGUGAAAAUAAGUUUGUUUCAGGGUUAAACUCAAGAAAAGACUUUGGUGAUCAAAAUAUUGCUGGCCAACAUGUGACUGAAAAGAUAAAAUUAGAAGAUGAUGAGCAUUAUAAACCUUCUAGUUCCAACCGAGGAACUCAACAGACUAAAGAUUUAUUGUUCUUGAAGGAUCUGAAUGGGACUGAUGGGUCACAACAUAGUGAUCUAAAGCUGCCUAUAACUUUACACCCACUUCCACCUGGAAUCAAACUUCAACUUCAAGGAUCAUCUUCCACAUGUGAUGUGGUCAAAUUUGCCAAAUUAUCUGGACCACUAGCAUCAAACAAUCUGGGCGACAUCAGGCUACAGACGCAAGUGGAUCCAUCCUUGAAAAUCAAUACUAUAAAUGUUCCCCUUACUGUUCCUCCUACGGAAGCAGAAAUCAAUGAUAUGCCACCCUCCAAAGAUAGAAGUGGGCAUAUAAAACGGCCAAUGAAUGCAUUUAUGGUUUGGGCUCGAAUUCACAGACCUUCGUUAGCCAAGGCAAACCCCAAUGCAAAUAAUGCUGAAAUUAGUGUCCAACUCGGCCUGGAGUGGAACAAACUGACUGAAGAACAGAAGAAACCCUACUAUGAUGAAGCACAAAAGAUAAAAGAAAAACACAGGGAAGAAUUUCCUGGAUGGGUGUACCAGCCACGACCGGGGAAAAAAAAACGAUUUGCAUUGGGUGUUCCUUCAAACGUUUUUCCUGGCAGUGGUCAAAAUAUUGUUUCGACAACUCCAGCAACCAUUUACCCCUAUCGGCCUGCCACCUACUCAGUAGUUAUUCCGAAUUUACAAACAAAUGUCAACCGUCCAUCAGUUAUUGAUACCCAAGACUGUUAUCCAGGCAGUUAUGGAAGACAAAGAACUGAAGAACAAGAAAAUAACGAUAAAAAAGAAACAAGUCAGUCACUGUCAUACCUAGUUUCCAGCUCGGAUAUUGACAUUACACAUACUGUAAAGGAAAGCUUAGAAGUAGGAUCUGUGAAUGGUCAAAGCCAACCUCUACGCAUGCCAGUUGCUCAAGGUCCUCGUCCAAAUUCAAUUAUACUUUAUCCACAAACAAACCCUGUCCAGGUUGGUCUCCCUACGCAGAGUAUAUCUAACCACCCCACUGUGCAACCUACUUGUCCUCCAGGACACGGUAGAAGUGAGGUCCAUCAUGAGGUUCCUGGUCCAAGUGCGGUGUCAAAUUGUUCAGAGCAAAGGAUACCUACGAUGUCAGUGGAUAUUGGCAAAAGAAAUUCGACAAACGAAAUUAAUAACACCCACAAUAGAGUUACUAUACCUGAAGUACCACCACAAAAGGAGAUACCUACUGUUGCCAACUGCCCUAGAAAUCCACCACCAAUGCCUUCAGCAACUCUUCCACAUCCACAUGCUUACCAACAUCCACCAAUGGGGCAUGCUGCUAAUCUCUUCGGAGCUGCUGCCCGAUUUCCUUUUCAUCAUCCUUAUUUCUUGCCUGGACCACCGUAUUUCCCCUCAAGCACCUGCCCUUACAGUAGGCCACCCUAUGGCUACGGUGAUUUCGCAAACAGUAUGUCUGAAUGCCUGGGCUAUUAUGAGGACCGCUACCAGAAGCAUGAAGCUAUGUUCUCUGCACUGAAUCGAGAUUACCCUUUUAGAGAGUAUCCAGAUGACUGUCAACGCAAUACUGACUCCAGGAGCAAUAGCAGCAUUGAGGAAGGACCUCACUCCAACAGCCUGGGAGGAGAAGAGUACCUGAACUCUGUGCCACAGUUAGAUGUUGGUGCGCUGGAAAAUGUCUUCACUACCCCAAUGUCUGCUCCAUCACAGCCACAAAGAGUGGAGAUGGUCCAUAGUGAUGAUGAACAAGAAGGCAAAGUAUUAAAAAGUCUGUAG